AUGGCCUCCGACAAUAUCAGUUCGGAGAAUCAAAGUGAUUCGUCAAACGGACAAGUGAGUGCACAUGCGGUCGCGAUGCGCGUGCCAACUUUUUGGCCGGACAAAAUUUCGCUGUGGUUCAAACAACUGGAAGCACAGUUCAGUAUUGCCGCAAUUACUCGGGACUCUACAAAGUUCAGUUAUGUGAUCGCGAAUCUCGAACCGAAAUAUAUCGAGGAAAUCGAGGAUAUUAUUGAGAAUCCGCCGGAACAAGGACAAUACGAUGCCGUGAAAGCCGGUCUGAUUAAAAUAUUGUCGGAUUCCAGCAGCAUACGCGUAAGAAAAUUAUUAGAAGGGGAAGAAAUUGGUGAUCGAACGCCGUCGCCAUUUCUCCGACAUGUAAAAAGUUCAGCGGGCUCGGAUUUAAAUGAAUACUUUUUAUGA